AUGGCCUCGUGCUUUACCCACAGUGGCUUCGGCAUCAUCCUCUGUCAAAGCCUCUUAACCCGAAAAUUUACAAUUCUUUGGUCUUUUUCGCCAGCGUUUCAUCUAAGCUGUAGUUCUUUUUCGGCUUCCCGUCUUUUUGCAGGGUCCACCAGCGUUCACUCUCUAGAAAAGUUUACUGUUCUAAACUUAUAUAUGGGUCGUCGCCGAAGUAGUAACAAGCCUCCACCAAAGCGAAAAGCUAUUGUCCCACUUGACAAAGUGUUUAAUUGUCCGUUCUGCAAUCAUGGUCGAUCUUGUGAAGUUAUUUUGCAACGGGAUAACAAUAUUGGUUACAUUAAGUGUACAAUAUGUUUAGAAGACUUUCAGACUAAUAUAAAUUAUCUUAGCCAAGAGAUUGAUGUCUACAAUGAUUGGAUCGACGCUUGUGAAGAAGCAAACGCCUAA